AUGUUGAGCCUCCACCGGCCCUCGCAGGUCCUGCACGUGGCCGAACUGCAGAGCCUGAUUGCGGAUUUCGAGCUCCAGUUCGAAGAGCACUGCUGCGAUGACAUUGCGGAAGAGAAGCUGGCGCUCUUGAUGCGGCACGAGAGAGAGGAGCUGGCCCUCGUGCUGUGCCAUGAGAGGGAGGAGCAGGCGCGGCUGGAGAGGGUCCAGUGUCGGAGGGAUCGCUACGUUAUGGUCCUGCUGAAGGAUCACAUUGCGUGCCUUUUGGGCGGGGAUGAGGGGAUGGGCGAAGGAAUGGACGAGGGGUCUGCCGUGAUGAGGGGUGGAGAGGAUGCUGGUGAGCAGCUGGCUUUUAAGGCUGAGGAGAAGAGUGUUCAGAGGUUGAAGACGGAGAUCUUGGAUGCGGACAGCGCAGAAGACGAAGAGGUGGAAAAGGUCGAGCUAGCCGCACCUCGGGACCACCCCGUCGUACCCCUCCUCCCUCGAACCACGACCAGAAAUGGUGUGGGGAGGGAUGAGACGGUCGUCCUGGGAUCGAACCGGGGCCAGCUGACAGAAUACUACGUCCUACGGUGUGAACGCUGUCCUACCAAGCCUUUCCGACCGUAUGCGCAUGACGCGUGCGAGCUCUCUGCGUUGUGGAGAGAUCACGUUAACUGUUUGGUCGUCGACCAGGAUCAUGCCGUGCCAUCUUCCAUCGACGUCACGGGUGUCUUCGUGUGGAAGAUCGUCGACGCGGACGAUGACUGGUAUGAGACGCACCUGAGAGGCUUCCACGCCGGGCACCAGGGCUGGUCAACACCUGACCGUGAAUAUCCACCACCUGAGAGCAAGGGAACACCCAGAGCCUCGAAAGUCGUGGAUAAAGAUAAAAACUAUAGGGUCAAAGUCAAGACUGGGGAACGGUCCCAUCGUCAGGCUCUCAAGAAGAGGAGCAACGAGAAGGAGAGCCUGACUGGAGAUCUAGAGCGUGCCGCGACCCCUACAAAGAUCAAUCUGAAGAAAAAUCACGAAGUCACCGAGACGCCUUGCGCGAAGCCGCCAACGGGAUAUCGGAGGUCUUCCAACGGAGUACCCAAGUCAGGAAGCGACUCUGGACGCAGACGCAGAAGCUACACGGCCAUCCCCAUUGCGAGGAAAAGAGGUGCUCGUCAUAUGAUUAUUGCACCAGCAGCUGCGAAGAAGCGUCCCCUUUCCACGACGGGAGCUGGGAGCAGCUUCAAGCGAAGAGUCACGCCGGCGUCUCAGGCUUUGAGAGAUGGGAAUGUUAAGAGGCUUCGUACCGAUGGCUUGGUGGGAAAAGCUGGUCCUUAA